AUGACGUCACGCCUAUACGGUAUCUUCGUCCUGGCGGCGGUCCUGGGGGCGGCUCUCUCCAACAUUGUCAAGAGAAGUAGUGACGGCAGCUGCAACUGUAAUGGCACAGUGGUGGCUAAUGGCGACUACUUCAACUAUGCAUGUGUAUUGUACAAAUGUGUGGAUGGCGUCCAGACAUGUGAAAAGAAGGAAUGCGAACACGAAGGUGCCUGCUACGCCCAGGGCACUACCAUGACCAUAAACUGCUACAAUCACACGUGCAAGAUCUCUGGUGGGACAAUUGGGUUUAAAAAGGACGCGGGACAGUCAACUCAGUGUCCCUACGGUGAUGAAUGCUACGGUGUCGGGCCUAUAGGAUCCUGUGCUACAUGCAACAGCGAUGGAACUGUCUUACAGAAAUGUCAGCAUAACGGAGACUGCAUUGCUGUGGGGGAGACAGUGGACUUGUACUGUUCCACCUAUGAGUGUGUGAACGUCGGCAAUGUCUACCGCCUGACAGUGAAGAUCCCAAAGUGCGAAAUAGACAGCAACUGCCAUGAUGUCAACACAACCUUCAACUGCCUACAGUGCAAGGUUGACGCAAAUAACGAGCCUUACAUUGUCAAAGAAUGUGCCUAUGACGACAGUUGCUACACCAGCGGUUCACAGAUAACGCACCAGUGUUACAACUACACAUGUCAAACAGACACCACCGUCGGAUUUGUCCCGGACGCCGAUCAGCCGAUAAGGUGCUACGAUAACGGUAUCUGCGCAGGUGUGGGUGCAAUGGACAACUGUAAAACAUGCGGUGCUGACGGAAAAAUCAUGUACAAAUGUCCUCAUGGCGAUGCCUGCUAUGACUCAGGGGUGGAGAAAACAAUAGGUUGCCAUACUUACACGUGCAAGACGGAUACAAGCGUGGGGUUUGUAGAGAAUCCCGGCCAACAGAAGCGUUGUUACUAUGAGGGACAGUGUCACGGUGUUGGUUACCUGGGCAACUGCGCCACCUGCGAGAGCGACGAAACUGUUACACAGAAAUGCAUCGUUGGAAGUGAGUGUGUAGCGGAGGGUGAGACGAAGACCGUUGGAUGUUCAACAGUGCAGUGUAUCAGAGAGGGCAACACCUACAGGCCUUCCUACAUACAACCAGGUUGCAGCAUCGGUGGUUCUUGUCACGCCGCAGGGAGCACAGUGAACUGCAUCAAGUGCCGGGUCGACGCCAACAACGAACCCUAUAUCGAUGCGGAGUGUGAGUACGAUACCGCCUGCUACACGAGGAAUCAACAGUUGACCAUCGCCUGUUACACGUACACCUGCAAAACUGAGGGGGGAGUGGGCUUCAGGAGGGACGAAGGCCAGCAGACCAGAUGCUCCUAUAAUGGAAACUGCUAUGGCGUGGGCGACAUGGGAGACUGCCGGACUUGCAGUAGCAAUGGCAAAGUGAACUAUGGAUGUCAAUACAACGGGCAAUGCUACCAACACGACCAGGGGAUCACGGUAAACUGCAUCAGCUACAAGUGUGUGGUGGGCGCCAGCAUAGGCUGGCAUAUCGAGGCGAAACAGUGCAGUUAUGGAGGGCAGUGCUACAGUGUUGGAGACAUGGGAGGCUGCAAGACUUGCCGGAGUGAUGGAACUAUCGAAUAUCGAUGUUCCUUUGGCGGUAACUGUUAUUCUGAAUCCCAGACGCUCGACUACUAUUGUGUAAAGUAUGCGUGUCAUGUCGGGGAGACUUCUAUUGGCUUUGUACUGGUGGCCAACCAAUCGACACGGUGUGUUUACGACAACCAGUGUUAUGAUGUCGGGGAUAUGGGCGGCUGCAGGACAUGUCAAAGUGACGGGGAUGUGGAACACAAAUGUUCGUAUAAAGGGGCGUGUUACUCGCACGGUCAACAGACAACAAUUGAUUGCUAUGAAUCCACCUGUGAAGUUGGACAGACGAGUUUGAACUUUGUUAAAAACUCCGGCCAACCUACACAAUGUUCGUAUGGUGGCGCGUGUUACCAAGUUGGGAGUAUGGGUGGAUGCAUGACGUGUAACAGCGACAGAUCUGUCACACAUGAAUGCAGCCAUGAUGGUCAGUGUUACCCGAACGGUCACAAGCUGACUCUUAGCUGCACCCAGUACACCUGCCAGGUGGGCUCCACGGUGGGAUUCGUGAAGGACACCGCCCAGGAAACUAAGUGUAACUACUAUGGCGUGUGCUAUCCUGUAGGAGAGAUCCAGGCGUGCAGAACAUGCCAAAGCGAUGGCACCAUUAAAUAUGAAUGUUCCUUUGAUGGGCGGUGCUACGAACACAAUGACCAAAUAACUCUUGGUUGUUAUAACUACACCUGUCAAGUAGGUAGUACUAUUGGAUUUAAGAAGAACGUUGGUCAGCCCACCAAAUGCAGCUACAACAGCGAGUGCUAUGGCGUCGGGGAUAUCUAUGACUGCGCGUCCUGUGCUAGUGAUGGAUCAGUCACAUAUAAGUGUUUGCACGACAACAGUUGCAUUCCUGAAAACGACAAAGUGAAAAUUGGAUGUGCAGACCACAUCUGUACAAUCAACAGCACUCACAGGUUUUUAGUGAAGGACACCAGCCAACCAGCACAGUGCAGCUACAAUGGAGGUUGUGUCGAUGCUGGCGCCAUCACGCCAUGUGCAACCUGCAACACUGACGGAACCGUGACCCACACUGAAGGGUGCAGUUACACUGCAAGUGAUGGGACACAGUCGUGCACUGCGAGCGGUGCCUCUGGUAUCCAUGCGAUCGGUGGCACCGACUACAACUGCACGUGCACGGUAGCUAACGGCGCCAGCAGCUCAUCAUGCGCGUAUAUUUGAUCACGACGACACGUAACAUUGCUUGAGUGGCUUGAAAAGAAGUAUACUCUCGGAAUAAACUUAAAACUGUA